CUUCAUUUUUUUUCCAGAGCUCCACUAAAGCGCAGAAAUGGAAAUGUGUGGAGCCCUGCUCGGUUCCUCUGCCCACUGAUCGCGACACACGGAACUUUUUGUCCACAUUUAUUUAUUUUUCUUAAAGAGGAUCGACCCUGAAUUGCAUCUUUAAGGCGUGUAAAAAAAACACGCAUUUCAACCCUCCACGGCAUUUCGGAGACGUCGCUCUGAGUGAUCAUUGAAGCCCAUCGGGAGAAUUAACAGUCAACAGGUUAAAGCUCAGACAAUUUCCAAAAUGAGCGAGCUGGAGCAGCUUCGUCAGGAGGCCGAGCAGCUGAGGAACCAGAUAAGAGAUGCCAGGAAAGCCUGUGGAGAUUCAACCCUUACCCAGAUGGCUGCCGGUUUGGAUCCCGUCGGUCGGAUCCAGAUGCGGACAAGACGCACGCUCCGUGGCCAUCUUGCCAAGAUCUACGCCAUGCACUGGGCUACAGACUCAAAGCUCCUGGUUAGUGCCUCCCAGGAUGGGAAACUGAUUGUCUGGGACAGCUACACCACUAACAAGAUACACGCCAUCCCCUUGCGCUCCUCCUGGGUAAUGACCUGUGCGUACGCCCCCUCGGGGAACUACGUGGCUUGCGGAGGCUUGGACAACAUCUGCUCCAUCUACUGCUUAAAAACACGCGAAGGCAACGUGAGGGUCAGCAGAGAGCUGCCGGGCCACACGGGUUACCUUUCAUGUUGCCGCUUUAUUGACGACAAUCAAAUCAUUACAAGUUCAGGGGACACAUCCUGCGCACUGUGGGACAUCGAGACGAGUCAGCAGACCACGGUCUUCUCAGGCCACUCCGGCGACGUCAUGAGCCUUUCUCUGUCACCUGACCUCCGUACCUUCAUCUCCGGAGCCUGUGACGCCUCGGCUAAGCUGUGGGACAUCAGGGACAGCAUGUGCCGGCAGACCUUCACAGGCCACGAGUCGGACAUCAACGCCAGCUGUUUCUUUCCAAACGGAAGCGCCUUCGCCACGGGUUCCGACGACGCCACCUGCAGGCUGUUCGACCUGCGCGCAGACCAGGAGCUCAGCAUCUACUGCCACGACAACAUCAUCUGUGGCAUCACCUCCGUGGCUUUCUCUCGUUCCGGCCGUCUGCUGCUGGCCGGCUACGAUGACUUCAACUGCAACAUUUGGGACGCCAUGAAGGGAGACAGAGCAGGGGUCCUGGCUGGCCAUGACAAUCGCGUGAGCUGUCUGGGCGUGACGGACGACGGCAUGGCGGCGUGCACCGGGUCCUGGGACAGCUUCCUAAAGAUCUGGAACUGAAACGCGCACAUCGACUGGAAACACAAGCACGUCUAGCAUCCCUGCACACACACAGUUCCUGACAUUAUGCCCUCCGUACCGAUACUCUAAGACUUAAAACAGCCAAACAGCAACAUUUUACUGUACAUAUUAUAAAACAUCGUAGGUGCGAGUUUACCCACCCACCCCCUGCACAUCCUGACCCACAAUGCUUUGAAUAGAUGACAUAAAAUAAACACACCUCUACAUACAGAGUAAGUUUUGUUCCAUUAUUGC